GGGGGCUCAGCUGCGCGGCUGGAUGCUGCGGGCAGACGUGCUCAUGCCGGGCUCCUGGGCUCUGCGUGCCUCGCUGGCCUCCCUCCUCCUCUGCGCCAAUGCUCUGCCCUCCGUUUUGUACCGGGGCCACCUGGAGAGAAGCAACGAGAGACCCAUCAUCGGGAUAUUGACACAGGAAUGUUCCCCAUCGUUCUUGAAGCAUGGGAAGUCCUACCUUGCUGCUUCAUACGUGAAGUUUAUAGAAUCAGCUGGGGCACGGGUCAUGCCAAUAAGAUUAAAUUGUUCAGAUGAAGAGUAUGAUAGGAUUUUUCAGUCUAUAAAUGGGGUGCUCUUUCCAGGAGGUGGUGUGAACCUUAAGACUUCACAAUAUUCCAGUAUUGCUCGGAUAUUUUACAACAAAGCACUAGAGGCUAAUGACAAGGGAGACUAUUUUCCUGUAUGGGGAACUUGCCUAGGAUUUGAAGAGCUUACAUACCUCACCAGUGGAAAGAUUUUACUUGUUCGGACUAAUACUACAGGUGUUGCAUUCCCACUGAACUUUACUUCAGAUGCAAAAGAUAGCAGGUUAUUCAAGGAUUUCCCAGAUGAGUUGUUACGACAUCUUGCUACUGAGCCUUUGACAGCAAACUUUCACUACUGGAGUCUUUCCAAGCAGAAUUUCAGAGCGAAUAACAAACUAUGGAAAUUCUAUAAGGUUCUGACAACCAACACGCACAAUGAAGUGGAGUUUAUAUCAACAAUGGAAGCAUUUGAAUAUCCCAUUUAUGGUGUUCAGUGGCAUCCAGAGAAAAAUCCUUUUGAAUGGUACAACUCAUCAGGAAUACCACAUUCCCCAUCAGCUGUGAAAGCAGCAUAUUAUACAGCUGACUUCUUUGUUAAUGAAGCCCGGAAGAGCCUGCACCAUUUUUCCAGUAAAGAAGAAGAAACCAAAGCAUUGAUUUACAAUUAUAUCCCAGUUUUUUUGGGAGGAUCGUCUAUAUUUCAGCAAGUCUUUUUUUUUGAUUGAAUGUCUCCUCAGAGGUACAGGAUAGCUAUUUGUGAAUAGAGUUGUUUGUUCCUGUUUCAUAAUUAAGCAGAUGUUGUGCAUUGCAAAUGACAGAAGGCCUGAGUGCCUUACAUUACCUUACAAUGAUUUAUCUUGUGUUGUCUUUGUAGGGUUGAACUAUUAAUUUAAAAAUUUACAUUCAGUGAUAAAAUAAUUGUGAUGGAUCACGUUUUCAAACAUGCUACAGAAAAAUGUAUUUUACCUCCAGAGGAGACAACUUAAUUAUACAUCGAAAGAAUCAGGGGGCAUUUUUACAUGUGCUCUGGAGGUGGGAGGUGGCACUUUAAUUAGAGUGGUAUAGCUCUGAGAGCCACUUCAAUUAAAGCUCCCCACCGUCUUGUGCGUUAGUACCCCUGUACUUCAAAAUGGUGGCAGAGCUGCUUGAAAUGAAGCUCGUUUGACAAGCUUUAGUUCAAACACCCCCACCACCAUUUGAAGCACAGGGACGCUAAUACAUGAGACGUGGGAGGAUGCCGGAGCACAAUAAUUGCCACGCUCCAGCAGACUUGGCUAAUCGAGCAUCCACGUUUAUUAAAAAUUUUGCAAUAUUUUGCUCACAUAUAUUUCAAAUUAGUUUACUUCUGCAAAAUAUGGUGGAAUCUAUCAUUGUAACAUAUUUAGUUUAAAUAUAUAUUACAGUAUAAUUCUGUUCUCCUGGAAAGAAUAUGAAACAUUUUAAAAAUGAAACGGUCAUCUCAUUUGGAACUUAAUAUAAGUAUGUCUGCAUAACCAAACUCUUGGCAGAGAACACAGUGGGUAUGUCUACAUGUGUUAUUAAUUUGAAGAAACAAACUCCAGCAUAUAACUUGUUGGAGGUUAUUGCUCCCAGGCGUGCUGUUUGAAUAUCAGCAUCUACACAUGCGUUGCAGUACACCAAAAAACUCCACAGCAGGAUAGUACUUUUAUUAACUGGAUAGUACUUGUCUUUAUGGAAAAACUCCCUGCUGCAGAGUUUAUUAGUUUCCUAAUAAUGCGGCCUAGUAGAGCUGCAUGUGUAGAUACUAUGAUAUUUAGUGCAGAGCUAAUUAGGCAGCUCCUCAGGAAAUGUCUUGUGUAGAUGUAGCCAGUCUGUCCUUGGAAACAAGGACAAAAUAAUAGGAAAGUGUUGUUGCAGAAAGAUAUAAAAAGGUCAUGUAGUAUCCUAUUUAUGGAAUUGUAUUGGGUAUCUUUUUGGGUAGCUUGUGCUAUUGUAGUCUUACAUAUCGGGGAAAAUGAAGCAUAGUCAAGGCAUAGCUAACAUCAGAAAAAAUAAUCUAGUUUGGAGGGCCUAUGUUACAGAACACUGGGCAUGUUUACAUGUGAAUUUACAUGUGCCUAAACUUAAUGUGCCUUACCCUAAGGCACAUUAAAACAGUUUAGGUGCAUGUCUACAUGUGGUUACCUUAAGGUGCCUUAACAUGGCUUUGCAUCCUGCCCUUGUCAGCACUCUAGACAGUUCCUCUCACAGCACUGCUCUUAUCCACUUCCCCUGGUCCUCCCUCCCCAGCAGAUGAAUGGCACUGCCAGGAAGUAAAAAUGGUGGGUACUUUUGCUUCCGCUAGCAUCAAUCCUGCCCUGUGGUAGAGGCAUGGGUUUGCUGGCCAGGCAAUGCAACCCCUGUAGUGGUGGGACGCCUCACUGCCUGCCUGGGAUUUAGGCACCUUUAGAAGCUGGUGCUGGGGCUCCUGCCUGAGACAGCAAGCAGACUGGGUCUGCGUCUGACCCUGCAACUCAUGGCAGGUUUUUCCUGCUCCAGCUGGCUCCGUCCCUAGCAAGCGCCCAGCUUGUCUGCUGGCAGGACACUCCUGGGGGCUCUGCUUGGCUCAGCCUAGGGAGGCUGGGCACCAAGCCCCCUGCCCAUGUUGCAGCUGGUGCAACAGACAUAAGUGUUAAGGUGCCGUACCGCGCUUACACAUGGGGUACGGUGUCUCUACUACUCACACCUAAAUUUGAUACCUGCUUUAUGCAGGUAUCAAAUUUAGUGCUAGAUCUCCCUAAGUUGCCAUAUUUAAGGCACAUUAAGGAUGGGCACACGUAGACACAUCCUUAAUGCACCUUAAAUACAGCAACUAAUGCAAUGUUAAUUGCCUUAAGUCACUUUAAGGGCGCAUGUGUAGACAUACCCACUGAUUAACUUCCCACUCCCAACUUAAAAUACAUUUUCAUACCUUCCUUGAGAAUCCAAUCAGGAAGCCCACUGUAAUCAAUGGACAGAUCUUUGGAUUAGGCCCUCAAUUUGCUUUUUAAAGGACUGAGUAGUCCUUAACGCCAUCAUGAGUAAUUUAACUUUUUCUUUUCCUAUUGAGUGAAUUCCUGAUCAAAUCAAAAGCUUGGUUAUUGAUGACAGAAGGGCCAAAGUUUUACUCUUCUUUUUAAAACAGGGUCAUGUCAUACUUUACAUAAAGAUGACUACAUGGAGUCAGCACUGCAAAUGCUUACUGUUGAAUUUACUGUACUGUAAUCCCUUUCUCUUUGUUUGCCUUGCAGCACACUUCCUUAAAUUUAAGUGGAUGUUCUCAAUUACUGAAAAAAGUUUGAGUAUUUCUUUGCUAGAUCCAUAUGAGAAUUCAAAUGAGACAAUUGCACAUAUUUCUCUUUCAUUAGUCAGGCUGUAAACUUGCAUUGAUGUCAAUGGGAAUUUUGAGUAUGAAAAAAUACAGGUUUUGACACUCAGGUCUCCAGAAUUGGAAGUGAAUAUACUGUAUUCUGAAGUACCAAAUCUGAAAUACAUGCAAUACAUUUCUCAGGUCAUUCAAGUUGGAGGAAUACUUUUUUCUUGCUAGUUACAAUUAGAUAGGGCUAGCCACAAAGCAAAAGCAGCUAUCUGGGUAUGGCUUGGGUCUGAAACUCAAAGCCUGUAUUUCAGUUUCUGGGUGUUACUGUCAAAGGGAGAGAAAUUGAAUUUCUGUGGGACAUUGUAGGUUACUUCUGCAAUUGCUUGUCUAGCCCAGUUGAGUUCACUAUAGUUCUAUGUUAUAUUUUGAAUCUGUAGCAUGGGUCUGAUUUCUUACACAAAUAUGACAGUAUAAAUUGACUGCAUUAGAAUUAUUCCUGGCAUACACUGGGGAGAGGAGAGAUGGAAUCAGAUCCUCUAUCUGUCAACAAGCAGAGCAGCUAAGUUACUUACAAACUAAGGGCCAAAUCCUGCAGUUCUUACACAAGCAAAACUCUCAGAGACGUUGACCUGAUUAAGCAAUGGAAGAUGCAGCCCUUAUAUAGGGACCAAUCCUGACUUUGGGAUUCUUGUUAAGUUCAGUGGUGGUAAGAAGGGAUAUAUUGUAUACAGUAUAAUAUGUUUUGGGGGUAUUGGUUGUUGCCAUGUUGGUCUAAGGACAUAGGUAUCCAAGGUUCUUUGGGCAAAUGCAAUAUCUUUUAUUAGAUCAACUGUGCGCCAUAAAUCAUGGACUAAUUGGAUUUAUGGCACAUUAUAACCUGCCUGCUAUCUGAUAACCCCAGGUAACAGCUCUGCAUUUUACCAGCAACAUUCUAUCACCAGUUCAACACUCCCCACUUUCCCCUUUGCCACCUGUCUUACACCUAUUGUCUCCCAUGGCCUCUGAUCCUCACUGCCACACAUUUGCAUAUUGGCUUCUGUUCCAUCCAAGAGAACACAAAGCAACAGCAGCCUCUCCCUAUGCCUGAAGAAGGGGGUCUGUGCCCAAAAGCUUGCAAAGAACAAUUUUUCCAACUAUUUUGUUGGUCUAAUAAAAUAUAUCCCAUCUACCCAAAGAACUUUGUCUGAUAUAUAACAUGGAAGAGAUUAGUAUAUUUAUUCACAAAUAUGUAAGUUUAUUUUUCUUGUUGUUUUGUUCUACUGUAUAAGCCUUACUUCAAUGAACUGAUAAUGUUAAUGAUGUCCUUUAAUACUUGAAAUAAAAUUUAUC